AUGGGCAAAUCUAGCAAGAAAUCGGCUACCAAAGUUGAAGCAGCUCCUGCUGUAACUCCUGCUAAGGCUGAGAAGAAAGGUAAGAACAAGAGGGAAGCUGAACAAGCCAUAGAGAAGAUUGUGAGUGCGAAAAAGCAGAAGAAGAAUGAUGGAGUAGCUCAGGCUGUGCAAAAGGCUAAGGUCGAAACUAAGACCCAGAAAAAGAAGAAACAGGAGUCUAGUGAUUCUGAUGACUCUUCUGAGGAAGAAGAGAAGGUCAAGGUUCAACCAAAGAAGGCAGUGAAACCUGCUAAACCACCUGUCAAAGAAUCCAGUGAAUCUGAGUCAGAAUCUGACGAGGAGCCUCCUACCAAAGUUGCUAUUUCUGUGAAGAAGGAGCCAGCAGUUGCUAAAAAUGGUUCCAUUGGUGUUGCUGCUAAGAAGGGAAAGAAUGACAGCAGCAGUUCAGAUUCAUCAGAGGAUGAAUCUUCUGACGAGAAUUCUGCAGUAGUAAUUUGCUCUAGUAAAGUAGCUUCAGUUAAAGCUGUUGUGAGAUCAGUGGCAUACGAAAUUCCUGCAAAGGCUGUUGCUACUAAGAAUGUUCCUGGAAAAGCAGCUUCCAAGAAAAAAAUUGAAUCCAGUGAUGACUCGGAAAGUGAUUCUGAUGAGACUGAAUCAUCCGAUGAGGAUAAGGUGCCAUUCCAACUUGUUUCUAGUCACGAUGUGGAUGUGCUGGAGAUAGGCACACCUGCAAAGGCUUCUCUUACUAAGAAGGUUCCUGCACCAGCUGCCCAGAAGAAAGUUGAAUCUAGUGAUGAUGAUAGUAGUUCUGAUUCUGAUGAAUCCUCUUCUGACGAUGAGGGGAAAGCCAAAACUCCAACCCCUGCUGCUUCGAAAGCUCCACCUAAGAAGAGUGAUGAUGAAAGUUCAGAAAGUGAAUCUGAUGAGUCUGAUGAAGAUGAUACUCCUGCAGCAAAGGCAGCAGUUGCUUCUAAAAAGCCAUCCUCUGUUGCUGAAACUGCAAUAUCAAAACAGAAUAAAAUGGAUGAUGAUGAAGAUGAUUCAGAAGAUGAUUCUGAAGAUAGUGAUGAUGAGCAACCUCAGAAUAUAAAGGCAAAAGCAACUACUCAAAAGGAAAGUAGCAGUGAAGCAGAGAGCUCCGGUGAUAGCUCAGAGGAUGAGGAAGAUAGUGAGGAUGAAAAGCCAACUAAGACUCCAAAGAAAAAUAACACUGAUGUAGAAAUGGUUGAUGCUGAUAUGAAGUCUUCUGCCAAAACUCCCAAGACACCGGUUACUCCAGUUACACCUGAGAACUCUGGAUCAAAGACACUUUUUGUUGGCAACCUAUCUUUUCAAGUUGAACGCUCUGAUGUGGAAAAUUUCUUUAAAGAGGCUGGGGAAGUUGCUGAUGUCCGUUUUGCCUUAGAUGCAGAUCUGAGGUUCAAGGGCUUUGGGCAUGUUGAGUUUACCACGGCUGAAGCAGCACUGAAGGCUCUUAAAUUGAAUGGUAAAAGUUUACUUGGCCGGGAUGUCAGACUUGAUUUGGCUCGUGAGAGGGGCUCAAAUACACCAUACAGCAAAGAGAGCAACAACUCAUUUCAGAAGGGAGGGGGAGGUCAAUCCCUAACCUUGUUUGUUAAAGGGUUUGAUAAGUCUGCUGGGGAGGAUGAGAUUAGGAGCUCUCUUCAGGAGCAUUUUGGUUCUUGUGGUGAGAUUAAAAGGAUAUCUAUUCCUACUGAUUAUGAGACUGGUGACAUUAAAGGGAUGGCUUACAUGGAAUUCAUUGAUGCUGAUGCUUUUAACAAAGGUUUUGAACUUAAUGGAAGUCAACUUGGAGGGUACUAUUUGACUGUGGAUGAAGCAAAACCACGGAAUGAUAGCCGUGACAGUGGCAGGGGUCGUGGCAGAGGCAGUGGUGGUAGGGGUGGUGGCGGCCGUUUUGGUGGUGGCCGUUUUGAUGGUGGCCGAGGUGGGAGAGGUGGCAGAGGUGGUCGAGGACGGGGGACACCUUAUAAACCGAAUGUGACAACAGCUGCUUCAGAUGCAACAGUUAUAAACUCUUCUGAAAGAUUGCUGGGUAAAGAAAUAGUGUCAAAAUGUAAAAGAAAUGUGGGUUCUGUCCCUGUAUUGUGA